CGACGUCAAACCCGGUUCCGUCUUUGUUGCGCGCGAGCGAGCGUGCGGGUGGGCCGCUCGUUGCUUUGUAGUCCGCGCGGUUGCCGUGGCAACCGCACAACACAACCACCUCCGGGGGCCCGGAUGAAUAAUGUGGUCGAGAUCGUCCGACGUCAUGAAGCAACGGAGCGGAUCGUUGCGCUUGACCAUAUCCGGACGGGACGGCAGGGCAGGGCCUUCGAGCGGAAGCGUUCAAAGUCAUCCGGGCGUUCGGUCGUCGCCAUGUCGCACCCGAGGUCGCUUUUAAUCACUCCGAGCUCCUUGGGCUUAUUUUCAACGCGCGCGAGCGCGAGCGCGAGCGCGGCGUCCGAACGUCGCUGCGGAGUGAGCGCUCUCGGCGCGCAGGCGAUCUCGGGCACGCGUCACCCUGCUGCCGUCGCGGGCGAGCACAACAUGUCUGCGGGCUCAGGCGGCCCAGCGCCGGGACCCGGCGGCUCCCCCGGAGGCUCCAACCCCCGCAAGUUCAGCGAGAAGAUCGCCUUGCACACGCAGCGGCAGGCCGAGGAGACGGCCGCCUUCCACGAGGUCAUGAUGGACAUCACGUCGACGCGGCUGCAGGCGCAGAAGCUCCGGCUGGCCCGCGCUCAGGGUCCGUACUACGGCGGCUCGCUGCCCAACGUCAACCAGAUCGGCCGUGGACCUCAGGACCCGCAGGGCUCGUCGGGCUCCUUCCCGCCGUCGCCGCUGGAGUCGGCCCGAUCCACGCGCCAUCACGGCCUGGUGGAACGCGUGCACAGGGAACGCCGCUUCCUGUCGCCCGUCAGGCCCUACCGCAACCGCCAAGUGGACGCCUCUCCCUAUAGCUCCGCCUACUUGUCCCCGCCCCCGGACCCCAGCUGGAGAAGGAAUUGGUCCGGAAUCUUCCCGGGGGACAAAAGCCACUUGUUACGUCUCCCAACUACUGCGCUCAACAGGACCAACUCCGACUCGGCCCUCCACACCAGCGCGAUGAACCCGCCGGCGUCGGGCGACCCGUUCGCCGGGGGAGGCCACGCCCUCAGGCCGCACGGCGGAAGACGCAACGUCUUCCCGUACCCGGUCCCGCCCAUCGAGGAAAACGUUUUGGACGACGCCAAGCUCCUGCCCAACAAAGCUUGGGACGCCAAGAAGUUUCCUGUGAUGACCUCCAGACCAAAGUCAUGUGAAGUUCCUGGCAUCAACGUGUUCGUGUCGCCCGAGCAACCGUCCGGCCCCGCCCACGGCGUCCCGUCGGCUCUCAACAUCAGCGGUUCCCUCCCGGACCUGUCCAGCCUUCACUUCCCGUCGCCUCUGCCCACGCCGCUGGACCACGACGAGCCGGCCUACCCCGGCGGCAGCGCGGGCAACCUGGCGUCCACGCUCACCCAGCUGGGCAUCAACGCCGGCGACGUCGAGGGAGGCGACGGCGUCUUCCGCCACCACCAGCAGCCCGGUACGCCGGGCUCACUGGGGACCGGACUGGCCAACCCGUCUCUGCAGUCGUCGCUGAGCAACCCCAACAUCCUGGCGUCGCUCAGCGGCCGUUCGUUCAGUGGCUCCCUAAGCUCCGCCUCCUUGCACUCUUCGCUCAGCAACCCGUCGCUGGGCUCCUCCCCGUCCCUGCCCUCCUCCCUCAGCAGCCAAUCGCUGCACUCGUCCCUCAGCAGCUCCUCCCUCCAGUCGGCCCCCGGCGGCGCCAACCCCGCCUACGGUUGCGGCGGCGGCUCCUCCUACGCGCCCGCCCUCAGCACGUCGCCGCGGAGGCGGGCGCAACCCUCGCCGCUCGUCCUGACGGGCGCGGGGGGCGACGCCCGACGGCAACACGCCAAGCAGUUCUCGCCCACCCUCUCGCCCACGCUGUCCUCCAUCACGCAGGGCGUCCGCCUGGACACGAGUAGGUUGCCCGCGGACCAGCGCUUGCCGCCGUACCCGCUGGGCCCGCUGGGCCAGCUGGGCCAGCAGCACCAGGGCGCCGUUCAGCCCGCCCACCAGCAGCAGGUCGCCCACCUGAGUCAGCAUCAGGCGCAGAUGGUCCGCCUCCAGCAGACGGCACCGCAGAACCUGCUCAACGCUCAGCACUUUGGAACGCAGCGCGCGUGCAGCUCGCAGGUCAGCUCGCCGCUGGCGAAGAGCGGCGGCGUGACCUUGGAGCCGUUCCUCCACGGCUCUUUGACCUCCCAGUGUCAGCUGAUGCAGGAGGCGGAGCAACAGAGGAGCGGGAACCUCCCCCAACUGCACUUGACCUCCGACCCGUACAACGAUGCCUUGCUCAACUCCCUGCUGGACGACUCGUACAUAAACAUGCAGCUCGGCGGCCGGCCCGGCCAGCAGUUCCAGGGCGACGGCCCGAGUGACGCCGUGAGCCGCGGCGUGCUGGGCGGCGGCCACGUUGACACGCAGGCGGCGCAGCAGUCGUUGGACCGGGCCGCGCUCAACAACCAGAACCACAAGCAGAACCAGAACCACAACUGCGGCAGCGACGCUCGCCAGAAUGUCCCCAACAUCAUCCUCACCGGCGACUCGCCGCCGGGUUUGUCCAAAGAGAUCACCAGCGCCCUGUCGCACGUGCCGGGUUUCGAGAUGGACCCGUUCUGCUUGGAUGACCCGCUGAGGAUGGACGCGCUGGCGCUGGACAUGCUGGAAGGAGACCUGAUGCUGGCCGACCCCGCCGUGGAGGACUCCUUCCGCUCGGACAGACUCAAGUGAGCCCCGCCCGACGCGGGCCGGCGCACGCGCCGCGCGGGCCGCGGUGCCCGGAGCGACAUUCGCCGUGACGGUCGCGAAGGGGCGGAACCGGGGAAUGUCCGUCCGUCGGUGCGCGAGGAAGGAAGGAAGGGAAGGAAGGAGGGAGGGAGGGAGGGAAGGAAGGUUAUUGGGGAUUUUGGAAUUCUUUCAAAUUGGGAAGUUGCCUUUGGAAUUGGUUGGGAAUUGAGGCUCGUUGAAAAAAUGUCUCCCGCCCGGCCCCGUUUUUGCAGUUAGCGAGCCCAAACCCAAGCUACGAUUUUCUGUUUCCUUUGAUGGAGAUCAUUCAAGACUUUGCUAAGUCGUAUGCGGAAAUCUGCAAAGUCGGUGGCGCUCGGGCCUUCACUUCCGUUGAAGUCAACGUUUGCCAGUCGUUGUCGUGUCCGCCGCCGCCGCCGCCGUUCUUUAUUUGUUGGAAAGAAAAGUUGCUUUCUAGCUUGUUCAGUUUUUUUUUUUACUAACCAACUUGACGGGUCCGCGUUUCCCCCGUCACGGCCGCGCUGGCGAGCCUCCGCCCCUUCUCGCCCCACCGCCACAGCAAUUUGCUCCCAAAGCGCUCGGCCCCCAACCGCCGGAAUCCUCCCCGGCAAAUUUUUGCAGAAGAAUUUGCGCCGUUGACUGGGCGCGUGGCUCCGGUGGAACGUGGUUGGCUUUUUGGCUUUUUUUUUCCCCGAGUCUCUUUUUCGGCCUUCGCCGUCUUUCUGGCUCGCAAGUGCCGGGGCGCCGCCCUCGUUUCUUGGAAAGCGACGCCACGGGGGUUUGUCGGUCACUUCGGCCGAGACGCCUCUGGCGGGCGGCGCGUUAAGAGGUGAGCUUCGAGCUGCCGAUUUGACAGGAAGUCAGCCGUGAAGGGUUCUCGGUGACAGGAAGUCCCCCGACCCGUGAAAAGUCCCGACGACGGAGUCGCUUUUGAUGAGCCGAUAUUGCCCCCGCGUUCGUUGUCACUUCCUGUUGUUCCCGCGCGGCGUGUUUGGCCGGGUUUUUGCUUCCUUUUUUCCUUCUUCUUCUUCUCAUUGGUUGGAGCGCUCGCUGAUGGCCUUGAUGGCGACUUCCUCUUUCUUUCUUUUUUUUCAUUUUUUUCACCCGCUUCCGCAUUUGAGCCGGAGUAAUUCCGAAAGGUCAAAUUCAAGCCGUUGGCUUUAUGCAAUCGAUCGCGCGGUCACAAUGCAGUUGCACAUGCUGCCAGUGGGGGAGCUGUAGAGGGAUCAGCUCAAGGCCAUAUUUUCAAUGUUUUCAAACUCCCCCACCGCGAGCUAAUGGCCAUAUUUCUAUUUUGUCACGUUUUUACAAAGGUUUGCUCCGAUGUUCUUAAUUAACGCUGUUGGGCUCGUGCUUUUAGGCUGUGUGCGUGUGCGCGCACGUGUGUUGUAAUAAUUGUAAUAAUUUGUAAUAAGCAGGGACGUCUUUGUACAUAUGAAUGUUUGCGAAGCAGCUAACAGAGAUUUAUAAACUGUUACUUCAUUCUUUAUUUUUUUUUUUUUUUCAGAAAAUAAACCUUAUGUGAACUCA